GAGGGAGAAUUUUGAAGAAGGGAGGUGGAAGACAUUAAGGCAAGUCUGAUCCCUCAAGUCCUACUUUAAAAAACCUUCACAAACAAUGUCUAGACAAUCAAAGUUAAUUAUCCAGGUAAUUUAGACACUUCUUGGCUUGGCAUUGGGGCCCAGGUCAUUCUGAUUUCAUUAAUCUGCUCCAAAGGAAUCCAGAAAUUAAAAGAUCAGUUCGUCAACAAAUAUCAUCUUCCCUGACAACAAGCCUCCUGAGGCACCUGUUUAUCUCUUUUAACCUUGGCUGGGCACUCCAGAGAUGCAUGUGAAGAAAUUGUAUCUAGCCCAGGGAGUGAAGAGCCCCAGCUUCAGUGGGUCAGGCCUUUCAUCUGUUGCUACCAUUUGAACCUAAAAGCAAUAGGCGUGGGACCUGAGGUAGGUAAAUGUAGGUGGUAGGGAAUGUGUAGCUGUUGAUGUUGUAUAUGAAAAUGUUGAACGGGAAGUGUAGUCCAUAAACUCACAUUUUGUAACCUUUUUUGCACCCUCCUUUCCCAGGGUGUGGCCCUAUAUGGUCCCCCAUUGCCUAGCCAGCCCCUCCCUACCCCCACACACUGGAGUCCUAACCAUUGGACCUCUGGGGAAUCCCCACUCCCCCUUCUAGGUCUUUGUUUGCCACUUAGCUGAAACAAUCCUAUGAAAGGGAAAGAUAAGAGCCAUCUGUGAAGACUGAAGACAGUGGAAUAGAUGGACCCCAUUCGUGGGGAAAGGAAGCAGGAGGGAGCAAGUGUACGCCCAGGCUUUUCGGAAGCGCUCCUUGGCAAGAAGGGCUGGCUGGCGGGCGGCCCCAGAAGGCUAGCCUGCAGAAGCCUGAACUGCAUGGAGUGGAGCCUCCUGCCUCCCGCCACAAAGGAGAUGGAGACACAGACGUCUGUGGUGAAGGGUCGCUUCAUGGGGGACCCCUCCCAUGAGUACGAACACACUGAGCUGCAGAAGGUGAAUGAGGGUGAGAAGGUCUUUGAAGAAGAAGUCGUGUUCCAGAUCAAGGAAGAGACACGCUUGGUGUCCGUUAUUGACCAGAUCGACAAGGCUGUGGCUGUCAUCCCCCGAGGCGCCCUCUUUAAGACCCCUUUUGGACCUAUCAAUGUCAAUCGGACCUUUGAAGGACUGUCCUUGUCUGAAGCCAAGAAGCUGAGUUCUUACUUCCACUUCAGGGAGCCUGUUGAGCUGAAGAACAAGACCUUGCUGGAGAAGGCUGAGCUCGACCCGUCCCUAGACUUCAUGGACUCUUUGGAGCAUGACAUCCCCAGAGGGUCUUGGAGUGUCCAGAUGGAGAGGGGCAACGCCCUGGUGGUGCUGCGCAGCCUGCUCUGGCCCGGCCUCACCUUCUACCACGCUCCUCGCACCAAGAACUAUGGCUACAUCUACGUGGGCACCGGCGAGAAGAACCUAGACCUGCCCUUCAUGCUGUAGGCGGGCCGCCCACGGGGUGUGCAGAGUCUGAGCAGUAUUUUCAUAAAGGCGGUGAAUCUGG